AUGUAUUUACGUGAUAUAGACGAUAUAUUCACAGCCUGUGCUUACGCACAAGCUCGGUGGAACAUCGAUCUGUUGGAUAGUAUUUUUUGGGAAGUGGUGUCCGAAGCUGAGGAUCCUGAAGAGGCUACAGCGGAGGAGAAAAAGGACAUUUCUGUUGUAGGCGAUGUUUCGCUUAGUUGUGGCUCAAGUGGCAUCUCUACGGCACGAGACGGCAAGGAAUGGCAUGGAGAUGCACAGCCAAAAUUAUCUUCAUUGUUUCAAAUAAAGGGCUCAUCAACUGCUUCAAGUGUGACUCAUAAGUUGAUCUCUGCUGAUGAUCCGAUUCCCUACAAAACGGGUCGAUUCUCUCGCUCCUGUUUCUCCUAUGCAUUUCAAGUAACUCCGGGUGAGAAAAUUCUCCGCCUUCACUUUAAUCCCGUUCCUUAUAAAGGCUUCAAAAGGUUAAGGGACUUAUUCGAUGUUGAAGCCGGGGCUUUCACCCUGCUAAGCAAUUUUAGUGCUUCCCUUGCUGCUAAUGCUCUUGGUCUGAAUUCUUUUGUUAAAGAAUUUUGCGUGAACAUAGAAGAAAAUGAACAGUUGAACAUAGUUUUCUCUCCUUCAAGUAGUGAAUCAUUAAACACAUAUGCUUUCAUAAAUGGCAUUGAGGUUAUCUCAGUGCCUCCCGAUCUUUCAUACUUCCACAAAGGAAAUAUCGGAGUCCAAAUGGUUGGGAAGUCUCUGGUCUAUGUUGACAACGGGACUGCACUCAAAAUAAUCCGCAGGGUAAAUAUUAAACAUGAUUCUGUUUUAUCUGGUGGUAGUAUCAAUGACAUGUUUGGGAUGCGGGAAACCAUUUCAAAGAAGAAAGCAAGCAAGAUCAACAAUAUUACCUGGAAAGUAUCUGUGGAUGUGGGAUUCAGGUAUCUGGUCAGACUUCAUUUCUCAGAGUUAGGAUACAAGAUGGCCAAGAUUGGUGGUGUUAUUUUUACAGUUAGCAUUAAUGAAAUGAUCGCGAAUAUUGAUGAAAAUAGCAUCCCCUGGUAUAGGGACUACAUGGUGAUGAUGAAAGGGCACAAAGAAGAGGGUAAACACGAUCUCUUGAUUUGUCUGAAAUCAAAUGAUGAGUUCAUGGAUGGACAUGGACCACUUAAAGGAUUUGAAAUAAUAAAGUUGAGCAACCCCGACGAUAGUCUUGCCAGUCCAAAUCCCUUGCCUUCUUCCCCUGAUUCAUCGUACCAAAAUUUACAUCAUAUUCUUGGUCACAGAAACAUGAUUGCAACUGCAGCGAUAACACUACUUGUUGCAGUGAACACCAUUGUUUAUACAUCUCGACAAUUUCUGGAAGCUAGUGGUACAGAGGAGGAAAACAAGCCAUCGGCCAGGGCAAAACAACUUUGUCGCCGGUUUUCACUAGACGAAUUACAGUUAGCAACUGAAGAUUUCAGUGAAUCGCAUCUCAUUGGAAGGGGUGGAUUUGGUAGAGUUUACAAAGGGCUUAUUGAUAAUGGGCGACAGACUGUCGCCAUAAAGCGACAAAAACUAGAAUCCCAUCAAGGGCCGCACGAGUUUUUGACAGAGAUUGAAACACUAACUGAGCUAAGACAUGUUAAUCUAGUCUCUCUGAUUGGCUACUGCAAUGAGCUUGGAGAAAGGAUUCUUGUUUAUGAGUAUUUGCCCCACGGAACGCUGGUUGACCAUCUCUACAAACUGUCAAGGAAGGGUAAAGACCAUCUUUCUCUCACAUGGAAGCAACGGCUUACCAUAUGCAUUGGAGCUGGUCGAGGGCUAAAUUAUCUUCACACUGGCCACUCACUCAUACAUCGCGAUGUAAAGGCUUCAAAUAUCCUCCUGGAUGAAAAUUUUGUAGCUAAGGUUUCAGAUUUUGGUCUGGCUAAAUAUUUAAGCAAACGUAAGUUACAGAGCCAUGUCAGCACCAAAGUGAAGGGCACAUUUGGGUAUUUUGACCCGAAUUAUUUUAAUACCGGUAAAUUGACUGUGAAAAGUGAUACUUAUGCCUUUGGGGUGAUGUUGCUGGAAGUAUUGAGUGGUAGACCAGCAGUGGAUCAGAGGGCUGCUGCGGAUGAGCGAGUACUGACCAAGUGGGCUCGAGAAAAGAUUAGUAAUGGAAAUGCUGACCAGAUUAUAGCUUCAAAUCUGAGGGGCGAAAUCACAGAAGAUAGCUUGAAGGUGUUUGUGGGGGUUGCUGAAAGUUGCUUGCACGAUGAACCAAGGAAACGGUUAACAAUGGCUCAAGUUGUGCUACAACUUGAAUUUGCACUUAAGCAGCAAGAGAGCUCAAAAUCCCUGGUACCUAACGAGAUAGCAAGUGAUGUGAAUGAUUCCCAUCCAUCUGAUGAGAAAACUAACUUAUCCGUGGCCUCCACUGAUAUUACACCCUCUCUGAAAGAGCAAAAUACAAAUAGAGAAGUAGUUAAUGCAGAGCCUUCAUCUGGAAGAAGAGAAGGAGAAAAAGCCACAACAGACAAAUCAUUACAUCCAUCGGAUGGCAAAACUAAGUUAUCAGUUAGCACUGGGAAACCCACAAUGACCUCCACCGAUGUACAGAAUCAUACAACCUCUCUUAAAGAGGAAACUAAUAGCAAAGUGGUUGAUGCUGAGCCUACAUCUGGAAGAAAAGAUGGGAGAAAAGCCACAAAAAAUAAACCAUCACGAUUUCGGCUAUGGGAUGCAUUUUUUAACCGAGUUAAACCAUCUGAAGUAGCGGAAAAGGACAAACAGACUGCUGAUAUGUUGCUGAUUGCUGUUGAUGCCAUUCCUGUAGAUGUAUUAAACGAUGUUACUGAAAAUUUUGGUUUGAAUUGUUUAAUUGGUGAGGGAUCCCAUGGAAGGGUAUACCGUGGAGUCACGAAAACAGGACAAGCUACAGCAAUAAAAAAUCUCUACUCUCCCUCAAAAGAAAACAAGUUUAACUUUAGUUACCAGCAAGACCAAGAUUUUUUAGCACAGGUGUGGCCAUAA